AUGAAUGCCACACUUGCAGUGACAUUGAAUUCAGUGUCGGGGCUCAGCAACCUCACUUUUGACAGCAUCACCGAAAUUGCUUCGCCCAGAUACAACAUCAAGAAAGGCAAGGUAACUUGGAAGGGUGGAAAUUGGAAUAUCAAUGGGCAGUUGGAUCGAGCUGAGGUGGACAUGUCGUACACCCUCACCUCGUCUGCCUGUGGUCAGAACGUUUCUGAAACCAAAGCUGGCAUCAUGGAGGUCGAGGGCAUUUCGGCGUUGUUUGACGUUGACAUUAAUGGUUUGACACGUUUCUCCGGGCUGAACAAGAUCACGGCCUACACUGUCAAAGACUUGGACUUUGAAGUUGCCAAUGCCACUGUCAGCGGAGAAACGUCUGUUGCCACAGCCUUUGGAGAAGUUGAUGUCAGCGAUUCCAUCUUGACCUUUUUGGAUGAGCAGUUGGAAGGGACGGUCUUGACAAUUGCUUUGGCUCUGAUCAACGGGUACUCAGAUGCCUUCCUGCCCUUGCAGAUUCAGGCUGAUGCAUUGAAAGCAGAUGAUGAGAAGGAAAAGCCAAAUCAAAAGGGAAAGAGAAAGCAAACGAAAAAGGGAAAGAAACAGCAAAACUAG